UGACAGUUCCGAAAUGGAAGCGGGUACAUGUAUAAGCGCUAAUCAGCCUUCAAGCCGGUCACACUUUGCGCGAGACUACUACAGCUGACUGCCUAGUAUUACGAUGAAGGUUUUCUCUCUGGCGUGUUUCUUUCUUCUCGCCACGCUAGUCCAAGCUAGACCUUCCCAGAUCUUUGAUCGCGACAAUGAUGCGGGUGAAGAAAACACGGUCGGAAUCCUUCCGUUGGAAUCGUCUGCAGAGGGCAUUGACACCUUAGACACAGAGUCGUUCGACAAUGCUGUCGUCUCAAACACACUUGAUGAGAAGCAUGAAGGGCUUCCCCACUACCGUUCCAACGCGUUAAAGACUUGCCGGGAGUGCUACCACAGGAGAGUGUUUGGUUGGUGUCCUGUCCAUAAUCGGCCUCAGAAGUACAAGCUCUGCUCAAAGAUGAUGAAUGAAUGCACUGUUUACUUCGCUGCCUGGUGCAGAGACACGUGAAUUGAUCUGAUGAAGUAGGAGGACUAUAGUUGGACUACAGCUGAGCUAGAGUUUGAGUAAUGGUAGAACAGAAGAGAAUGUAGUUAAUUGAUCAAUUAAUCCGCAGAAGACAA